GACUCUUGGAAAUCUUCUAUAAAAGCUCAUCUCAACACUUAGCUUUGACAUACCAACAACACACACUCUUCUGAAAGACCAUUCUUUAUAGCUUUGGCACACUAUGACUAUAAACGUUCAAGACUCAAAGUCUCUCCCUCUACAAGAAAAAAUAGUCCAUAACAACAAGAUGGCUCGGGCUAUGGAGCUCAUAAUUCUCUCUUUUCUUGUCUCCAUGCUUGUUUAUCGGAUCAUUUCUUUCAAACACCAAAACCACAACUUCCCAUGGUUUCUCGCUUUUUUGUGCGAGUCUUGGUUCACUUUUAUAUGGAUUCUUAGUAUGAAUAUCAAAUGGAAUCAAUCCUACACCAUAACAUACCCGGAGCGACUCUUGGAAAGGGUAAACGAAUUUGAGUUUCCGGCAGUAGAUAUCUUUGUUACCACUGCAGACCCCAUACUAGAACCAUGUAUCAUAACAAUGAACACCGUGUUAUCCUUGUUGGCGAUAGAAUAUCCGACAAACAAGUUGGCUCUUUAUCUUUCGGAUGACGCUUGUUCACCACAUACUUAUUAUUCACUUGUUGAGACGACAAAAUUUGCAAAACUCUGGGUACCCUUUUGCAAAAAGUAUAACAUCCAAGUUAGAGCCCCGUUUCGAUACUUCACUUCCAACUCCACCCCAUUAGAAGAUGAUUGUUUGGAGUUCCAACAUCAAUGGAAAAAGAUGAAGAACUUAUAUGGUGAUCUUUACAAGAAGAUAGAGGUUGCAGCUCAGAGGCCAUUCACAUGUGAUGAUCCUAAGUCAGAAUUUGCUGUUUUCUGUGAUGUUAACCGGUCAGACCAUCAGGCCAUCAUCAAGGUUAUAUCAGAGAACACAGAUCUCCCCAUUGUAAUAUACAUCUCAAGAGAGAAAAAUCUCAAACAUCAUCAUCAAUACAAAGCUGGAGCUAUGAAUGUUUUGACUAGGGUGUCAGGAGUAAUGACAAAUGCACCCCUGAUGUUGAAUGUAGAUUGUGAUAUGUAUGCAAACAAUCCACAAGUUUUUCUUCAUGCAAUGUGUAUAUUAUUGGGUUACAAGAAUGAUCAGGAUUGUGGUUUUGUUCAAAUCCCUCAAGCUUUUCAUGAUGGAUUGAAGGACGACCCGUUUGGGAAUCAACUUGCAAAUUAUUAUUAUAUUACAAAUGGAUUAGGAGCACUACAAGGAAUAUUCUAUAUGGGAUCAAAUUGUUUUCAUAGACGAAAGGUUAUCUAUGGUUUAUCUCCAAAUGAUAAGACAAAAUCUGGGAAUAUAAGAAAUGAAGAUCUACAUAAAGUCUUUGGAAAAUCGUUUGAAUUGAGAGAGUCCGCUGCCGAGAUAUUAUCAGGAUCAAACCCAAAAAUAGAAAAUCGAACAAGUCCCUCUACUUUAAUUAAUGCAUCAAUCGAUGUUGCGGGCUAUAGCUACGAGUAUGGUACAGACUGGGGAAAAAAGGUUGGUUGGCUUUAUGGAUCUACAUCAGAAGAUGUGCUCACAGGAAUCAAUAUCCAUGGUAAAGGAUGGAAAUCCGUGAUGUGCUCACCCGAGCCACCCGCUUUUCUUGGUUGUGCACCAUCAACGUUCCCGAGUUCAUUGAUCCAACAAAAAAGAUGGGCCAACGGGCUUACAGAGAUCUUAUUAAGCGAUAAAAACCCGUUACUUCUUACUAUGAAAGGAAACCUUUGGUUUCGACAAGCCCUUGCUUACUACUGGAUAUUUUUAUGGGGUGUCCGGUCUAUUCCUGAGAUAUGUUAUGCAUUUCUUCCUGCAUAUUGUAUCAUCACAGGCACACAUUUCUUGCCCAAACUCAGUGAAAUGGUUUUUAUUAUCCCUGUGGGUAUUUUCUUCAUAUACAACGUUUAUGUUUUGUGGGAGCUUAAACGUCUAGGUGUAUCACUACGUAUGUGGUGGAAUUUGCAGAGAAUGGGAAGAGUGAUUGCUAUGACUUCAUGGUUCUACGGGUUUUUAAGCGUGAUGCUAAAGCUCAUGGGUUUAUCAAAAUCUGUCUUUGAAGUAACACAAAAGGAACACAUGUCGAAUGAUGGUGUUGGUUAUCACAAUGAUAAAAAUGUUAACAGGUUUACUUUUGACAAGUCACCCGUGUUCGUGCCAGGUGUUGUCAUUCUACUGGUCAACAUGACUGCGUUGGUCAAUAGUUUGCUAAAACUAUUAAAGGUUGACUAUAGUGAAAUUUGGAUGGAGGUAUUAGGAUUGGAGUUAGGAGAGAUGUUUUGUAGUAUCUGGUUGUUAUUAUGCUUUUGGGAGUUCUUGAAAGGGUUAUUUGGGAACGGGAAACAUAGGAUUCCAUCUUCGUCGAUAUGGAAAUCCGGAGUUAUAGCUUUGGUCCUUGUGUGUUCAUGGAAAAGAUCUUCUCCAUUGCUCUAGAUUAAUGGAUAUGUGAUAUAUGAUGAAUAUUGUAGUUCUUGGAUUGAAAUGUAAGUUGUUACUAGAAAUAUAAAGCCGGAUUCUUUGAGUAUCAAA